UUCCUUAGUGUAUGCGCCAUAGUUGGAAAUCAUCAUCAUCAGGAAGGAAAAGAAAAGAAGAUCGCUUGCGGCGCGAGCCGCGAGAUCACACCUUCUUUCUCUCGUUCGAGCUAAAUAGGCGACAGCUUAGCGUCUGCUUUGACACGUCAGAACUAGACUACAAGGCCACAAAAGGAAGACAUCCGGACGACAAAGUGCUGCUUUCGUAGGCGUACAAACCCUCUCAAAGUGCCGUCGGAGCUCGGGCUGUGCAGUUGUGCCCGCCGCCUCCACCGACUGACUGGUCAGCUUACGGGUCCGCUCGAAGGUCUUGCCGAAGGGAACUGGAAGAUCGAGACGGCUUCUGGAAAUCUUAGGUGCACCACACUGGGGACUUAAAACGAGAAUGGACCCAAGGCUGAAGAAAGAGGGUUCGGAACGCGACCACGAGGUUGUCACCCCAGGCAGCCCUUCUACCAGAAGUCUCAAAGGCGUCUCGGACCACUGCUCGAUGGACGCGACCCGGAGGCACACGUCCACGCUCGAAGAGAGCUCGACGAGUCAGUCUCAAAUUUAUGGCGCAAGAAAGGAGGCAGCUGUAUGCCAAAAACCGCCGCCCCCGUUGUCUGAGGAAACCCAGAUGCCGGACAAGCCAUCGCCGCAGAAGGAUUCAAAGGAAGCCGUCAAGGACAGCGCCGAAGACGCGCCGCGUCUGGACCCGCGUGAACCAUUGCCAAGGCGAGCAUCGCUAGACCAGCACAUAUCCAAGGGCGAAGUGGUUCGCACCGAGACACCAGUCCGCUCCUUGUACGACGUGGCUUCCUAUGAUGCUGCAAAUGUUGAAGAUGCCCUGAGGGCCAAGAAGGACUCUCCUCAGGCAACAGAGCUCAUUGCCGAGCAGCCACAAGUCGACCCCCGCGAGCCCCUGAGCAAGCGUGCCUUGAUAGACAAGAGCGUGUCUCUCGGCGUGGUCAUCCCUACGGAGCACCCGCCUCACCCUCCUAUCGAGGCCAUUACCCAAGCUAUCGACACAAAUAAAGACGAUAUUGGUGCCACGGCACAAGUGCUCCGCGGAGUCGAAGACAUUGCGGAGUCGCUGUGCGUCGACCCUCGCGAGCCCAUGAGUAAACGGGCCUCGAUAGACCAGAACAUCUCUCGCGGCGAGGUCGUCCCCACCAAGCCGGCGCCUCACUCACCCAUCAGGACCGAGCCCGCUACUGAUGUCGGCUAUAAUGACGCUGCCGGUGUAGACAUUGCCGAGGAUUUGCCCGUCGACCCCAGGGAGCCGCUCAGCAAGCGAGCAUCGAUCGACCGUAGCGUCUCCUCGGGCGUCGUGAUACCGACCAAGCCCGCGGCCCACUCUCCGCUCAGGACCAUCUCCGGAGUCAGUGUCACCAAAAUAACCCUGCUUCAUCCCGACGAAUCAUAAUAAAAUA